GUCAACAAGAGGAAAGCUCUGCGGCCCAGAAAUGAGCGACACACACAACAGUCCCAGCAGAGACAAUGAAGAGUGAAGUGUUGUUAUCUCUAGUGAUAGUCUUCGUGGCGUUUCAGCCCUUCCCGGGCGCAAGAUGCCAGAACGACGUUCCAGAGCGACGAGCGCUGUCAGACGAUCCGGAGGAAGUGAAUCGCUUCCAGAGGCAGGCAAAAGCAUUCUCCAGCGUCUAUCGAUAUGAUGAUGAGCCGAGAGAGCGCGCCAGAAGACACAGUCCACCCAAGCCAGAGCAGCCUUAUCCGCAUCCAGAAACUCUGCCUCAUCAGGACUUCCCGCAGCCACAGAAGAUCGUCGAGAGAGUGCGGAGAUUCGCCAAGGGCACAGGUUCUCUUCCCCAAAGGAAGGGUUGAGAGGUUAAGAAUGCAUCUUUUGUACAGAUUUUGAGGACUUGCGACAAAUAAAAGAAGCUGCAGCAAAGAAAAGGACUUAGAGAAAAAUGUGGG